CCGGAGAUUCACAAAGUCUUAACAAUCUUCUAAAGAUGAACACAUCUACGGCAAUCAAGUUUGUUGCAGCGCUGACGCUCUGCUUCUUAGCUCUCUCGGCGAAUGCCUUGCAAAUUGAACCUCGCAGCAGUUGGGGAGCUGUGGCUGCCCGAUCGCCUUCCAGGAUAAAUGGACCUGUGGACUAUGUGAUCAUCCAUCACUCGGACAAUCCCAAUGGAUGCUCUACGUCCGAUCAGUGCAAGCGCAUGAUCAAGAACAUUCAGUCGGAUCACAAGGGACGCAGGAAUUUCAGCGACAUUGGUUAUAACUUUAUAAUCGCCGGCGAUGGCAAGGUGUACGAGGGUCGUGGCUUUGGCCUCCAGGGAUCACAUGCCCCCAACUAUAAUCGCAAGAGCAUUGGCAUUGUCUUCAUUGGAAACUUUGAGCGUACAGCGCCCUCAGCUCAGAUGCUGCAGAAUGCCAAGGAUCUUAUAGAGUUGGCCAAACAGCGUGGACAUCUCAAGGAUAAUUAUACUCUGUUUGGACAUCGUCAAACCAAGGCCACCUCCUGUCCCGGAGAUGCUUUGUACAAUGAGAUUAAGACGUGGCCUCACUGGAGGCAAAACUAGACUAGAUACUAGAUAGACUUUGAGAUUUAAUUAUUAAAAUUCAGUGUAACAGAAAAUAUAAAAGAAAAGAAUGAA